CACCCGGCAGUUCUCGUAGGCGGUGCCAGAAUGUGUGCAUGUUGCAUGCACACGUGUUCCCUCGCCAGAGUCCGUGUGGCGUCCCUCCCUUCCCCAUGUAUCCCCCAUAGCCCCACGGUAGCGAAUGGGUGCUUAGGCCUUAGGCCUUCGUGGUAG